CAAAGUGACGCACAGAUGCUUGGCCGUCUAGGCGAUAAAGCCCCAAGUCGUUUACAGCAAACGCGCUCUUGUUGGGGUUUUGCUCUUUCUGCGUGCCAAAUCCAUAAACAUCAAACACCAAUCCAUAUGAAAUAUUCAUACUCCUUGUUCCAGUUUAAGUAAUUGAGCUGGAAGUAAUGUAAAAGUCAGCAUGGCUCUUCUGUCAGUGGUAACUCGACCUGUUCUGUGUCGACCUUCCAACCUCCAAAAGAGUUGGAACAGCUUUCUUUCUCUUCGCGCAUAUGGUGUCCAGUUCUCCGGCCAGCGGCUCUCAAUCGGAUCUUUCCAAAAACGUGGGCGAGCAACACGCAGCAGUCCAGUGCAAUGCCCCCGACAUGCUACCCAGCUAUUCACCUCCCAGGCCCCCGAGCGAGUCGCGCGGUCCAUCACCCAAUGGCACCCACCCACCGAUCAAGACAUGUGGGAACAACCCGUCCUGAUCAUGGGCGCAGGCCACAUCGGCCGUCGGGUAGCGCUGGUAUGGGCCUCGGCGCUCCGCCCGGUGACGGUGUACGACAUCUCCAAAAACACGCUCCGCUCGUCGACCGAGUACAUCACCGACAACCUAGCCAAGUACUGUCUCGAACACGGGACCCAUCCCGGCCCCGUCCACUUCACCAGCGACCUCCGAGAAGCAACCACAGCUGGCAAACGCCACGGUCUGAAGUUGGACUUCAGCGCGGCGCACGACACUGAACCCAAAUCGACACGCAAAAAGGGACCGUGGAUGGUAAUCGAAUGUCUCCCCGAAAACCUCUCCCUCAAGAUCGCCGCCCUCGCCGAGAUCGAGCGCCUUCUCCCGGAAAAUUGCAUCAUCGCGUCCAACAGCAGCAGCCUGAUGACUUCCGAAAUGGCGCCGCACCUGCAAAACCCCGGUCGUCUCAUCAACACGCACUACUACAUCCCGCCGCGCAACGUCAUGGUGGAGGUGAUGUCCUCCUCGCACACGUACGAAGGGAUUUUCCCGUUCCUAACACGGGAGAUGAAGAACAUGGGCUUGACGCCCAUGGUGGUGCCGCCCGGCGUGCAGUCGCAAGGGUUCAUUUUCAACCGCAUCUGGGCGGCAUGCAAGCGCGAGACGCUGGCGGUGCUGCAGGAAGGGGUCGGACAACCGGCUGAGAUUGACGCAUUGUUUCGCGACUUUUUCCAUGCCGAGAAGGGACCCUGUGAGCGCAUGGAUGAGGUUGGGCUGGAUGUGGUGGCCAAUGUUGAGGAGCAUUAUAUCGAGCAACGGUCGGAACUUGCAAGGUCUGGCGAGAAGCCGCUGGAGUGGUUGAAGAAGACGUAUGUUGGACGUGGUGAUCUGGGUGAGAAGAGCGGUGACGGGCUGUAUACGUGGGAGGAGCGGGAGGCACUGAAGGCGAAGCACAAGCGGGAGAAAUUUCCCGAGGUGGAGGAGGCACUUGGUGCUUGAUGGGAAUUGGACAUGACUUAAUCAUGUUCUUUACGUGUAACUCAGGUUGAGAUAAGGUGAUGGUUUAUUGUCCUCAGUCAUUGUGCGAAAUUGAGUUGGAAGUGGAAAAUGAUUUGAAGAAUGAGUUGGGAUUAGUGGAGAGACCGCAUUCCAAGCAUGUCUAGCUUGCGCUAACGCCUGUACACAUCAAUCACACCAAAUCCUGUUAGUGCUCAGUUAGCCAAUCUGUGCCCCCACCUUCCCCUGAAAGGCAAACCCUUUCUCUGGUCUGCACGAGAAUUGACCUAUCCUUCACAGCACAGUUCCCCCAA